AUGCAUCAGGCCUUUUCUGGCUGGAGUAGUGGAGGCUCUUCAGGAGGAGGUUGGUCUGGAGGUGGCGGUGGCGGUGGUGGUGGUGGCGGCGGAGGCUGGAAAAGCGGUGGUGGUGGAGGCGGUGGAGGAGGAAAAGGAGGAGGAGGAGGAGGAGGCAGUCAAGUAUCACUACAACCGGCCAUCAUAAAGAUCAUCCUUUUGGGAGGCGGUGGAGGUGGCGGUGGAAAUGGAGGUGGAGGCGGUAAGAGCGGAGGUGGAUGGUCAAGUGGAGGUUCUGGUGGAGGUGGUUGGUCCAGUGGAGGAAGUAGCGGAGGUAGCAGUGGGUGGCCAAGUGGAGGUAGCAGUGGAGGAAGCAGUGGGUGGUCAAGUGGAGGUAGCAGUGGAGGAAGCAGUGGAUGGCCAAGUGGAGGUAGCAGUGGAGGAAGCAGUGGAUGGCCAAGUGGAAGUAGCAGUGGAGGAAGCAGUGGAUGGCCUAGUGGAGGUAGCAGCGGAGGAAGCAGUGGAUGGUCGAGUGGCGGCAGUAGUGGAGGAGGUAUAAAAUGUUGA